AUGUUUCGACGUAUUCUUCUAUCUAGCACGACCACUCGUGGUAUGACGCGUAUGUCGCAGCAAGUACGAUGUGUAAGUGAAACAUCAGUACGUUUUGGCAAUGAGAAACAGCCUGUAGAAGAAGCUCCUUUGAAGGAAAAGCCCAAGACCGAGGAGUCCGUGACGGAGUUGUCCGAACUGGAGAAGUUGCAGAAUGAAGUAAAGGAGCUGUCGGAAAAGAACAAAGAAAUGAAUGAUCGACUCUUACGUGCACUGGCUGAUGCUGAAAAUGUCCGUCGUAUUUCUCGUAUCGACGUGAACAACGCACGUGAGUUUGCUAUCUCCAAGUUUGCCAAGGCACUACUGGAUGUGUCAGACAACCUUAAGCGUGCACAUGAAAGUAUUGACGUUGAGUCGCUCGAGCCAAACAAGCAGUGGGAUGCCAUCAAGAUGCUGCAUGAGGGCGUUGUGAUGACGGAGAACCAACUGCAGAAAGUUUUUCGCGAAUUCAAGAUUAACCAGGUGGGUGCCGUUGGCGACAAGUUUGAUCCCAAUGUGCACGAUGCGCUAUUUGAGUACGAGGAUGCUUCCAAGGAGGCUGGAUCUGUUGGACAGCUUAUGAAGACUGGCUACUUGCUGAACGAGCGUGUCAUUCGUCCGGCGCAGGUGGGUGUCGUCAAGGCUUCCAAGACACAGUAA